AAAUUAACUUUGUCUAUCAAUAGACAAUAUCUAUAAAAAACAAAAAUAAAAAUGGAAUCCAGUCCAGUAGAAACAACCAAAUCUACCGAAAAUAAUGACAAAACCCGCGAAAUGGAGAUCGACGAACCCAAACCUGAGUUAGAUGUAAAACAAGUUUCAUCAGAGUCAACAGAGGUUGAAAUUGAUAACCCAGAAGAUGUUAGUACGAUAUCUAACCCGGAACCUGCUGAAGACACAUUUAAAGUCCCACAUUUGAUGUCUGGUAAGCCAGCUCCCAAGCGAAAACUACCAGAGCUACCUUCAAAAGCGGCUAAAAAACCAACAGACGACUCAGACGAGCCAGAAAUAAUCUCCGAGUCAACAGAAGCUCCAAAAGCAGCUCCUCAGGAUCAAAAACACCUGCCGUUGCCUUACAAAGAGCCAGUGUGGAGUGGAACUCCACCAGAAGGUUACAAGGUCGAGAUAUUAAAGUCCGGAGUGAUUCUAGACACGAUAGAUCUCUCGAAAAAAAGUUUCCAUGUAAUAGGACGACUUCCAGUCUGCGACAUACCACUAGCUCAUCCUACAAUUUCAAGGUACCACGCGAUCCUCCAGUACCGCGCCGAGGGAGAUGACAAAAACGAACCUGGGUUUUAUCUUUACGACCUUGAAAGCACUCACGGUAGCUUCUGGAACAGCUGUCGCAUAAGACCAAAGACCUUCGUCAAGCUGAAAGGCGGACACAUGCUUCGAUUUGGCUGCAGUCAGCGCAAGUUCAUCGUCCAGGCGCCGCCCGAGGACGAGGAAAUGGAGUCUGAGUAUUCAGUGACGGAGUUAAAGGAGAUGCGACGCCAGGAGCUGAUGGCUCGCGAGAAGGAACAGCAAAUUCAAGAAGAAAUGGAGCGCUUGAAGAAGGAAAAAGAAGAAGCUGAAGGCAUUGACUGGGGAAUGGGCGAGGAUGCUGAUGAAGAUACUGAUUUGACUGAAAAUCCUUUCGCGGUUUCUAAUAAUGAAGAGCUGUUCCUUGAAGAUCCUAAGAAGACACUCAGAGGAUGGUUCGAGCGCGAAGGAUUUGAUCUGCAGUAUCAAACUGAGGAAAAAGGAAUUGGACAGUUUCUCUGCUGGGUUGACUUGCCCGUCGAUUCUGGUCGCACAGUCCGCGCGGAAGCUCUGGUCAAGGGCAAGAAGAAGGAAUCCGUGAUCCAGUGUGCGUUGGAAGCUUGCAGGGUCUUGGACAGGCACGGACUUUUGAGACAGGCUACACACGAGGGACGGAAACGCAAGACUCGAAAUUGGGAGGAGGAAGACUUCUAUGACUCGGAUGAAGAUAAUUUCUUGGAUAGGACGGGAACUGUGGAACGGAAGCGCGAACAGAGGAUGCGGAAUGCUGGAAAACUGGAGAAUAAAGCGGAAAAUUUUGCGAGCCUCAGUGCUCAGUUGAGCAACAUUGCCAAAGAUAUUGCGGAGGUUGAAGGAAAGUUGAAGAAACAUGAAGAAGCCAAACGCGCUGGUAAUUCUGAUUCUAAUGAAGAUGCUCUUGAUGCAUUUAUGUCUAGUUUAAACACUGCUGUCUUGAGCAAGAGCGAGGUUUUGAAGCUCAAGUCUACUCUCCAGAAGUUGAAAAAAGAGGAGGAGAACUUUAAAAAGCUGGUUGAGAUUACGAGACCUACUUCUUUUCCGUCGUUAACUCCAAUGUCGGGUGUAAAGGAAGAGUCGAAGGAACGAGAUAGAUCUACAGUGCCUGAUGAUCGCUUGGAGGACAAAAAGGUGAAGAGUGAAAAGAAGAAGGUGCUGAGUAGGUACGGAUUGAUUAAGAGUGAGGACAUCUCAGCGACUGAGACUCUGCUGAAGCUUAAGAAAAAAACUGGUGGAGAUGAGGAUCAAGUGGAAGAAAAUGAGGAAGAAUGUGAUGAUACUGCGACUGCCAUUGAUGUUGAUACAGUUGGAGAAAGCGAGGUGAAAAGUAUAGAUGUUGAGAUAAAAAAAGAAUUGUCAGAAGCUGAAAUCGCGAGGAGGAAGAAAAAAAAUAUGAAACGCACGCAGAAAAGGGCGGAAAAAGCUGCCAAAGAGGGUAACAAGGCUUAUGAUGAAGAGAUUCAUAGUGAAGAUUAUUCUACUUGGGUACCACCUUCGAAUCAGACUGGCGAUGGUCGGACUAGUUUGAAUGAUAAGUUUGGUUAUUAGUCUGAGAGAUUUUAUGAUUUAUUGUUGCUAAUAAUGAAUAAAUUAUAAAAUUUUUAUUUAUUGAUUAUUGAUAGCUAAAUUCACAUAUUUGCUCUUUAAUAAUAUCUAGUGUUUAAAUAACUUUUUCUUAUAAUUUAAACUAAUUUUUUUAAUGGA